AUGGGAGAAGGCGAACAACCAAGGAAGAGUUCAACACCAAAGCCGCUCACAGAUGACGAGAAGAGGAUAGCUCAGUCCUUCAUCUCACCCCAACUUCUCAAACAAUUCACCCAGCCUGACGGGACUGUGGAUUAUAAGGCACUUUCCAAGACGAUUCCGCUGCAAGCUGAUCAUGGUCCCUUGCAAGUCUUGUACGAAGACGACGACCUCAUCUUCGUCUCAAAGCCUCCCGGCAUGCAGAUGAAUCCGCCGCACAGAUUCUUGUCUGGGACUCUGCUCAACCGUGUGAUCGGACACCUCGGAAAGACUCCUUUUGUCAUACACAGGUUGGACAUGUGGACGUCGGGAGUUGUCGUCUAUGCCAAAGAGCAGCGAAUGGUGCCCCUGAUGCAUGAGAUCUUCCGAGAGAGGAAGGUGGUCAAAGAGUACUUUUGCCUCGUGGAUGGUUCUUCACCGGAAGUAGACGCCUUCGUGGUGAAUGCAGCGAUAGACUUUCAUCCUCACCGCAAGCUCCUCCGAUGCGUCUCUCCAGACGGAAAACCUUCUGAAACACGAUUCGAGGUUCUUGGGAGGUCAAGAACGCAGAGCAUGACGCUUCUGCGAGCCUUGCCAAAGACAGGAAGAACUCAUCAGAUUCGCAUCCAUGCAAUGCACGCCGGCCUUCCGAUUGUUGGAGACAACGUAUACGGGAAGGAGGCAGAGCUCUACACUGCGAGCGACGAGGAACUGAAGGAGUCCAGCUCCCUUAAGCACUUCGAUGCUGAAAAGUUUCGCACUCCCUUGAAGCUUCACGCCCGGAGCCUUCAGUUCACACAUCCGUUAAGUCAACACGACCUCAAGGUCGUCGCUCCCAUCCCUGAUCACUUUCGCGAUGCUCUUGAGGCCGUCGGCAUGCAAUAUGUAGAAGAAACCAAGGACCUUUGA